CUGACUAAAUUACUUAUCCAUAUUCAGGUAUCAAAUUCCUGAAGAUUGGCCAUAACAAGGCGCUUGACAGCUUUUUAAAGAACCUUUACUCCAUACUGAUAAUGAACAACUUGAUCUUAAGUGGACUGCCCAGGACAAAGAAGGGUUGAUUGCCUUCUGGUGAAUGAAAUAGCUCCAACAUUGACAGGCUAACAAAGUUGUGCAAUAGAGAAAAUUAAAGCAGCAAAAAACAAGUCAUUAAAGGACUGACUGUAGUAAUUUUUUAAGCCAGUUUGAAGGACAUUUGCACCUAUUAAGCGGAAGAUAUGUCUAUAUACAUUAAGCAUUUUGGACAACCAGCAUCUGAUUUAUGUUUGCCUUACUGUGACUGGAUUCCAAUUAAAAAUGGUUACUUUUCAUUCCUUCUCUGAUAGCAUUUCAUGAUCAUGCUUGAAUUUUCUUGCUAGAUCUAAAUUGUUUUUCUUUUAUCCAGAUCAUGUUAGGUCUCACUUUGUUUUUGUUAAGGCUUCUAAAGAAAUUUGUUUGUCCCACUCACCUUUAUAUAGAACUGCAGAAACAUGCUAGCUUUCUAUGUUUCAUAUAAUCAUCUUUAGUUAUGUGUAUUUAAUUUUUUUUUUUUCAGACUUCUAAGUUCUAAAUAUGUGCUUAAUAGUGUUGAGAAACUAUUUUUGGUUGCAUAUCUGGAUCCUCUUUCCUCUAAAUUUUAUGGAAAAAUUGGUGUGAAGAUAACUCAUUCUUCCAUGCUUGUUCCGUUCUGUUAGAAGUCAAAACUUUAUUGGCUACUAUAAUUCCUGAGUUCACUGGUUGACAGGGAACCAAAUGCAUGCUUCAAUCUCCCAAAAACCAACUGUCCAGCCUAAGAUAUUCUCUCUGCAAGUUUGUAGUUUUCUGAGGCCCAAAUAUGUUGGCAGACAUUUUCUAGAGGUGUCUGUUUCAACACAUAAAGUGGAAAACCCUGGUGAACCUUCAGCCAGUCUGUGCUCUAGUCUAUUCAUUUAAUGUUAAAGAAUUUAUAUGGUAGUUACAAUUAAUGUUAGGGCAAAAUAGAGUAGCUAGCUGCUAUUAUCAUUGUCAUUUUAUAGUUUCUUUAGUAAUGUAAAUAGUGGGAGGCAGACCUAUGUAAAACUUCCUACCUUGCUUCCCCUUCCCCUCACCUCCUCUCUCCCUUCUGUGUUUUUUCAUUUCUAUCAUUUUUGGUAGUUAAAAUUUUGCAAUUCUAAUUCUUUUUUGGAGAUCAAGGUGCUGCACAGUUUUGCAAUAAGAAAAUGAGUAAUAAGAAAACUAUAGUUCUUAUUGUGUCUUUCUAGAUAUUGUCACUACAAUCAUUUUGGCAUCAGGGAUAUACGAUUAAUUUUGCCCCAAGUUACUUAAAAUCAAGAGGUGGUCUUAGUCAAGGGGAGAAGACUUAACCUCAAACGAUGUAACUCGUACAGGAUCCCUGCUAUUAGAAGCAUUAUCACCUUGUUAGACUGUCCAUCCGACAUUAAGAUCCAUAUUGGGAUUUUGUUUUCUAUUUUUGUUCUUUUCUUUGUCCUUCAUUUUUCUAUUGGGAGGUCUGUAGAUGCGAGUAUACAUUGUCUACAAUUUUGAUUCCUAGUGAUUGAUUAUUUGCCAUAAAAUUGCCCAAUCACCUAAAAUUGUUACAAUGUCUAGUUAAUUGGUGUCUAUAAUUAACUCCCGUUCUGUCACCACUAUUUUUAUGUUUCCCUAGAGCUUCUUUAACUUCGGUUUGGAAGGUCAUGUUUGGUGGAAAUUUGCUUUGGUUAUUGUUCUAUUCUUCCCUCGUUCACCUCUCCCUGUGACUUCUACACCCUUAACUUCUCAAUACUGGGUUUGAUUAUGUUAUCAAGUGUGGUUCAUUAAAUAAGUUUUUCUUUAUUGCCUUAACAGGAAACUCCUGAGAGCACCCGUAAGGAAACUUCUAAUAAAAAGUCCAAAGCUGUUGUGGUUAGAAAGGCAGAGCUUACAGGAGCUUCUAAACCUUAGGUUUUAACAGCAGUGUUCUUCAUUGUUUUCUUUGGCAGUCUUUUGAAAUUAAAGCAUAUUUAUCUAUUUUAUAAUGUCAGAGCUAAUCGCAUAAUUGUUGAGACAAUUGUGGAAGGUAGAUCAAUGUAAUGUGAGAAAACCUUUACUGCGCCUGAACAACUAGGAGAUUCAAGUUUAUGUUUGAAUUGAGAUUUUCUACCUUUGCCUUUGUGCAAAAAAUAAAAUCAGUUUGCACUC